ACAUGAAGACCAGACCAGUCCAAAGCAGCAGAACAGACCACACUCCGCUCAACCUGGACAUGAAGAUGAACCUCCACCGAAAGAAUCUCAUGAUUUCAAAGAUGGACAACAGCAUGCCAAAAAAAUGAUCCAUCCAAAGACUCCAGAUUCUCCUGAGCCCAGCUGUGUGUCCAUGAAGAGUGACAAGUCUAUGAAUCUACCCAUUCAUUUCAAACAUGAGCACCCCUCAGCUAACCCAAGGAUCCAUCCAAAGACUCCAGAUUCUCCUGCACCCAGCUGUGUGUCCAUGAAGAGUGACAAGUCUAUGAAUCUACCCAUUCAUUUCAAACAUGAGCACCCCUCAGCUAACCCAAGAGUUCAUCAGCAGGACUUUGAGGCUCCCAGUGGUCAGACCAGCCUGGACUCCAUAUUAAUGCUGCUGGAGGAGAACAUUGUCAGUUAUGUGAAAAAUGAGCUGAAGAGAGUCCAGAGAGUUCUGAGUCCAGAUUACCCAGAAUGCUUAGAGAGUCAGACUGAGAAUGAGGAGGUGUUGGACAGUGAGGAGGAGGAGCAGAGGAGGAGCAGCAGAGAGGCUUUUCUGAAGAUCACUCUGCACUUCCUGAGGAGAAUGAAGCAGGAGAAGCUGGCUGACUGCCUGCAGAGCAGAGCUGUAGCUUCAGAGUGCAGAUGUAAACUGAAGUCUAAUCUAAAGGAGAAGUUCCAGUGUGUGUUUGAGGUUGCUAAAGCAGGAAACCCAACCCUUCUGAAGCAGAUCUACACAGAGCUCUACAUCACAGAGGGAGGGACUGGAGAGGUCAAUGAUGAACACGAGGUCAGACAGAUUGAAACAGCAUCCAGGAAACCAGACAGACCAGAAACAACCAUCAGACAAGAAGACAUCUUUAAAGCCUCACCUGGAAGAGAUGAACCAAUCAGAACAGUGAUGACAAAGGGAGUGGCUGGCAUCGGGAAAACAGUCUUAACACAGAAGUUCACUCUGGACUGGGCUGAAGACAAAGCCAACCAGGACAUACAGUUCACAUUUCCAUUCACUUUCAGAGAGCUGAAUGUGCUGAAAGAGAAAAAGUUCAGCUUGGUGGAACUUGUUCAUCACUUCUUUCCUGAAACCAAAGAAGCAGGAAUCUGCAGGUUUGAAGAGUUCCAGGUUGUGUUCAUCUUUGAUGGUCUGGAUGAGUGUCGACUUCCUCUGGACUUUAAAAACAACCAGACCCUGACUGAUGUCACAGAGUCCACCUCAGUGGAUGUGCUGCUGACAAACCUCAUCAGGGGGAAACUGCUUCCCUCUGCUCACCUCUGGAUAACCACACGACCUGCAGCAGCCAAUCAGAUCCCUCCUGAGUGUGUUGACAUGGUGACAGAGGUCAGAGGGUUCACUGACCCACAGAAGAAGAAGUACUUCAGGAAGAGGUUCAGAGAUAAGGAGCAGGCCAACAGAAUCAUCUCCCACAUCAAGACAUCCAGAAGCCUCCACAUCAUGUGCCACAUCCCAGUCUUCUGCUGGAUCACUGCUACAGUUCUGGAGGAUGUGCUGAAGACCAGAGAGGGAGGAGAGCUGCCAAAGACCCUGACUGAGAUGUACAUCCACUUCCUGGUGGUUCAGUCCAAACUGAAGAACAUCAAGUAUGAUGGAGGAGCUGAGACAGAUCCACACUGGAGUCCAGAGAGCAGGAAGAUGAUUGAGUCUCUGGGAAAACUGGCUUUUGAGCAGCUGCAGAAAGGAAACCUGAUCUUCUAUGACUCAGACCUGACAGAGUGUGGCAUUGAUAUCAGAGCAGCCUCAGUGUACUCAGGACUGUUCACACAGAUCUUUAAAGAGGAGAGCGGACUGUACCAGACCAAAGUGUUCUGCUUCAUCCAUCUGAGUGUUCAGGAGUUUCUGGCUGCUCUUCAUGUCUAUCUGACCUUCAACAACUCUGGAGUCAAUCUAAUGUCAGAAGAAAAAACAUCCAGGAUGUCUCAAAUCUUUGGAGACAGACAUAAACUAAAACAUCUCCACCAGAGUGCUGUGGACCAGGCCUUACAGAGUCCAAAUGGACACCUGGACUUGUUCCUUCGCUUCCUCCUUGGUCUUUCUCUAGAGACCAAUCAGAAUCUCCUGAGAGGUCUUCUGACACAAACAGUAAGUGGCUCACAGACCAAUCAGGAAACAGUCCAGUACAUCAAGAAGAAGAUCAGUGAGGAUCUAUCUGCAGAGAAAAGCAUCAAUCUGUUCCACUGUCUGAAUGAACUGAAUGAUCGUUCUCUAGUGGAGGAGAUCCAACAGUCCCUGAGUUCAGGACUUCUCUCCACAGAUAAACUGUCUCCUGCUCAGUGGUCAGCUCUGGUCUUCAUCUUACUGUCAUCAGAAAAAGAACUGGAUGAAUUUGACCUGAAGAAAUACUCUGCUUCAGAGGAGGCUCUUCUGAGGCUGCUGCCUGUGGUCAAAGCCUCCAACAAAGCUCUGUUGAGUGGCUGUAACCUCUCAGAGAGAAGCUGUGAAGCUUUGUCUUCAGUCCUCAGUUCCCAGUCCUCCAGUCUGAGAGAGCUGGACCUGAGUAACAACGACCUACAGGAUUCAGGGGUGCAGUUGUUGUCUGCUGGACUAGAAACUCCACAAUGUAGACUGGAGACUCUCAGUCUGUCAGGCUGUCUGAUCACAGAGGAAGGCUGUUCCUCUCUGGCCUCAGCUCUGAGGGCCAACCCCUCCCACCUCAGAGAGCUGGACCUGAGCUACAAUCAUCCAGGAGACUCAGGAGAGAAGUUCCUGCUGGCUGGACUGGAGGAUCCACUCUGGAGACUGGACACUCUCAGGAUGGACCAUGGUGGAGAGCAGAGGUUAAAACCUGGCCUGAAGAAGUAUUUCUGUGAACUCACACUGGAUCCAAACACAGCACACAGAAACCUCAAACUGUCUGACAACAACAGGGAGGUGACACGUGUGACAGAGGAUCAGUCAUACCCUGAUCAUCCAGACAGAUUUUACAAAUGGCCUCAGCUGCUGUGUAGAAAUGGUCUGACUGGUCGCUGUUACUGGGAGGUUGAUUGGAGAGGAGAUGUUUAUAUAUCAGUGUCUUACAGAGGAAUCAAAAGGAAAGGAAACAGUGAUGACUGUUUGUUUGGAUGGAACGAUCAGUCCUGGAGUCUGACCUGCUGUGAUGAAGGUUUCUCUGUCCGUCACAAUGGCAGUAAAACAGCUCUCCCUCUCUCCUCCUCCUCCUCUGUCUCUAACAGAGUAGCAGUGUAUGUGGACUGUCAUGCUGGCUCUCUGUCCUUCUACAGAGUCUUCUUGAACACCCUUAUCCACCUCUACACCUUCAACACCACCUUCACUGAACCUCUGUAUCCUGGGUUUACAAUGUGGUCGCCUGGUUCUUCAGUGUCUCUGUGUUCUCUGUAGGAGUGAUAGUCUCCUCCUCUCGACAAAAACCAUUAAAAACUCACAUCUUCUGGAAUACCAGUCGUCACUGCAGUGAACCAUUAAAGAGCUGCCGUCCAGAUGAAAUCAUUUUCAUCCUCGUCUUACAAAACUGAUUCUGGCAAUCUUCGUGAGGGAUGCAAAUCAAAGCUCACACUUUGAGUCUGAUCGAUCAACAUGACUUUCACAGAUCAUUUCCUUUGUCUGUUUAAGAAUAAUGUAGACUACAUACAGAAAAUCAAAAAGAUGCCAAAUCUGUAGUUGAUGCAUCGCUGUAGACAUUUUAGUAAAAGUCUCUGUCUCUCUGUCUCUCUCUCUUUAGCAAAAUCAUACUGUACAGGUUUGUUAAAAUUAACUGUUUUUUUUUAAGAAAAAACAGCUGGAGAGGAGUUGAUUCUGGUGAUACCUGUCGCUGCUCUGACAGUGCUUCACUUCAGCACCAGGCGUUGUCUGCAGCGCAAUUCUGUUCCGUGGCGGGAGUGUAUGUCUCUGUCACUUAUUGUCACAGCGUUGUUUUUAAGAAAAUGGUCAAAUGAGUAGAAGUCACAUUAUUACAGUGCAAAAUCCUGCAGUUUGUUGAGUGUCCCUUGAUGCUGACUCCAGAAGCAGAGGAAGUCACAUACUACACUAAACAGGUGGAAAAAGCUGUUUUUACAGCAUAAAUUAACAUGUUUUCAGUCUGGAACAAAACAAAAUAACUCUGAAUAAUUAUUGUCAUCAUGGGCACACACUGUAGUCUUUGCGGUGUGUUCAAGUGUAACUUUUUGACCAGGAUGUGAGGCAAUGUGAGGUGCACAGGCGGCUUGUCAGUUAAUACAUUUUUAAUCUGUUAAAUUCUUAACAGCGAUUAAUCAUUAACAUCCCUCAUAUGUACAAUUUGUUAUAUUCUGGGGGCCUGAUGGGAAGCUUUGCAGGGCCGGAUGUGUCCCGUGGGCCACCAUUUGAUGAUCACUGAUGUACACGGAUGUUAAAAGUCAACAAUCAUUCACAGCGCUGCUGGUGAACUGGUGCUAUAUAAAUAAAGAUCAACUGACUGAUUGUAUCGUGAUGACAUCACUCCCUCACCUGCCGUCUGUCCAACAGACACAUUUUUAAACUCUUGGUUAUUGUGUGUUUGAGGCCAUGGCACUAAUCUUUGGAAUUCCCUGCCCAUCUCUUUAUGUUCUUCUGACUCUCUUGAGUCUUUCAAACUGCAGCUGAAAACAUUGAUGUUUAGACCGGCCUAUGGGUGAUCAGGUCCACCCAGUCUACCUACUGAUCUGUUUUACUGUGCCAAUUAUUGCUCCUGGUCAUAGCAGGAUUUUAUAAUGUUGUUCAUGAACUAUUUGUUUAUUUCUGUUUUUAUUCUACUGUAUGUUGUAUUUUGUUGAUGUGAAGCACGUUGUCUGUAAAAAGGAUAAAUAAACUUUACUUACUUUAAACUG